AUGCGGCCGGCCAAAAAGACCCAGUCGCCCCUCGAGCGCGACGACUGGGUAGAUCAAAUUCCUCAGUCUGACUAUAUUCGGUUCUUUCGAUCGGUGAACUGGUCAGCUAGCCACCUGGGGCCGUUGGAAGAAUGGUGUCUGGGGCUGAGGAUGCAUACGUUUACGCUGAUGGCGGAUUCGCAGGCGGCGUCUAUUUACUGGGGGGAUCAUAGGGUAGCGAUUUACAAUUCGGCCUUCUCGGUCUUAGUGGGGAAUUUCCACCCGGCGCUCAUGGGCAGCACUUUUGAAAGAGAGUUUCCGGGAUUAUACGAUUCCAUUAUACGAGAAGUCAUGGAGAAGGCAGAGCAGCGCGGUGUCUCACAAGAUAUGGUCGAGAUACCCUUAUUCCCCGUACGGAACGGGUUCUUGGAGGAGACGUAUUUCACCGGCGCGUUCACACCUAUUCGCAACCUAGAUGGGAAGGUGGGAGGCUUUUAUCAGGCUGUGAAAGAGGUUACGAGACAGAAGAUCAACGAACGGAGGAUGGCCAUGUUCAACUACGUGAUCAUCCCCUCUGCCCUCGAGCAGGAGGAUCUCGCCUACCAUGUCAUGUCGCAGCUCGAAUCCAAUGGACGCGACGUUACCAUGGCCCUUUUGUAUGAGAUUGACGAGGAGAUCGUUCCUGGUACCAGCCGCGUGUUUCUGCAUGGCAACAUUGGGUUCCCAAAGGGCCAUCCUCUCGCCGUUGAGGAAGCGGACCUUAAUGACUCUGUAGGUCUCAUACCGCUGUUCCGCGAAGCCAAAAAUAAGGUCCGUACAUACCCGGUUGACGAACGAUUUGAAGGCGUUCAAUGGCGUGGCUUCGACGAGCCGUCUAGCUCCUUCAGCAUCAUUCCCCUUAGUGCUGCAGGACGCACCCUUGGGUAUUUAGUUAUCGGCGCAAACCCCCGUAGGCCUCUUGAUGAAGAUUACCAGCAGUUCCUGUGGCAUCUCGAGACGAGGAUCACGUCCAUCGCCGCUUCGAUUGUCAGUGCAGGGGAGAAGAGAAGACGAUCCGAACAGUUGGAGAAGGAGCUCAGUGAUACUACGAGGCAGAUCCAGUAUAUGGCACAGCAUGCAUCUGUCGGCCUGCGGCAUCUAUCACUUGAUGGUAAUGUGAGCUGGGCGAACGAGCAAUAUUUCCAAAUAGUGCGGCGUUCGAAAGAAGCAACGGACUACAAACACUCCUUUCUCGAUGAACUGAUUACGGAGGACCGGCCCAAAGCUAUGGAGGCGUGGGAACGAGUCACCCGGGGCGAACCGAAUGUUACUAUGGAAUUACGUUUGAAACAUAUGUUCAUCCCGCCAUGUGGAGACCCAGAACCGGCAUUUAUCCUCAUGGUUAUGUUCCCUUAUAUUGAGAAGGGGGAGGUCAAAUCGAUCAUGGCUUGCAUCACCGACAUCUCUCAACUGAAGUGGGCCAAAUCUGUUGAACAGCGAAAGGCUGCCGAUGCCGAGGCAGCCAGGCGCAAACAAGAAGAGUUUAUUGACAUCGUGUCUCACGAGAUGAGAAACCCUCUCUCUGCAAUUUUUCAAUGUGUAGAUAUGAUUCAAUCAUCGAUGGUGGAGUGUGAAAAGAAAGGACAGACCAAGGAAGCGCUCCUCGAGGCACUUCGGAGCAACAUCGACAACAGCGGAGUCAUUCUUCUCUGUGCACAGCAUCAAAAGCGUAUUGUGGAUGAUGUUUUGACACUGUCGAAAUUGGAGCACAUGCUGCUCAAGAUCUCGCCGCGUCCAACCCAGCUUGCGGUCCUGAUCGAGCGGGCUGUAAGGAUGUUCGAGUUAGAUCUCCAAAGCCAGGGUUUCAAAGUCACCAUAAAUCCUGAGUCUUCGCUGCGAGAAAACAGCGUAGACUGGGUUCUGUGUGAUCCGUCUCGUGUUGCUCAGAUCGUCAUAAACCUACUGACAAAUGCUAUGAAAUUUACUCGGGCGGAACCCAAGAGAGAGAUCACCAUAAGUUAUGGGGCGACACUUUCCGAGCCGAGAAACGCGUUCCAAGCAGGGAUGACUUGGGCGCCAAGUGAGAAGGAGGUGGACGACCUGACGCUCGAGCCAGACUGGGGAACUGGUGAGCAGUUGUAUCUCGUGUUUUCAAUUUCGGAUACCGGCGUGGGAAUGACGCCUGAAGAAGUCAAGAAGUUAUUCCAUCGCUUCAAACAAGCUAGCACGAGGACAUCCAUCAGAUAUGGAGGGUCUGGGCUAGGGCUGUUCAUUUCCCAAAAGCUCACGGAAAAGCAUGCAGGGGAGAUUGGCGUUGCUUCGGCGCCCGGGGAAGGCACUACCUUUGCCUUCUAUGUCAAAGGCCGACGUAUAGGACCCGAGAAUGCUGAAUUUGCCUCCAUAACGCAACCAGCUCAAUCAUCACGUCCAGAAUUGGUUAAGAGCCAAGGAGAGAAAUCAAAUGUUGAACUCGACAAGAUCCAUGUUCUGCUUGUUGAGGACAACAUAAUCAACCAAAAGCUCCUCCGCAAACAGCUAGUAAAUGCGGGAUGCGUAGUCUACACUGCAAACAAUGGUGUGGAGGCUCUCCAGUUUCUGGGCAAGAGUGACAUCUGGCGCGAGCAGGUGGCCGACAGUAAACGUUUGGAUAUCAUCUUGAUGGAUUGGGAGAUGCCCGUCAUGGAUGGGCUGACUUGCAGUCGGGAGAUCAGAGCCCUGCAGGAAUCGGGCCAGAUUACCAGACAUGUUCAGAUCAUUGCAAUAACGGCAAAUGCGCGAGAGGAGCAGAUUCAGAAUGCCUAUAAAAGUGGCAUGGACUCUGUUUUGUCAAAGCCUUUUGUAGCGGCGGAUCUCCUUUCCAGAAUGAAGAAACACCUGAGUAUAUCAGGCUAG